AUGGGUGAGACCCAGGCCGGCCCGCCCAAGCUCCAAAAAGACGAAGCAGGCCAGGCCCGCUCACAGGCCCAGGCUGCUCACCAGAUCUUUCCCACGCCGGCUCCUCAUCGCAGCUCAGUCUCAGGGACACAGACCGGCGUGAAGACAGAAACAGAGAGAGACAUGGGCGAGUUGUCCUCUGGAAGACGACCCCAGAUCCUGGUGAACGGGGACGAGGAGCUGCAGGACGCUCCGGGGGACAAAUGGCCCGAGGACAGAGUUGUUUCUGCAGGAAGAGACGCUCAGACCAGGGUGCAGUCUGUCUUCCAACAGGUUCGUCAGCAGAUCCGAUCCCAGGCGGGAGAGAAGAGCAGCAUCCAGCAGCUGGUGCAAAGAGUUCGAGACCGAGAGACUGAACGGGGACCCGGUGAAGCCGAGGGACCCGGUGUAGCAGGGGGACGGGAUGUCCAGAGACAGGAGACGCAGACGUACCAGAGGGAUCCAAUGGAAGAGGAGCUGUGUGCUCUCUUGGAGGAAAAACUGGAGGCCAGUAAAAAGGCCCUGAAGGAGGAGUUGGAAGUGCAGAUCUCUCAGGUAAUACUAGGGGUCUACAGGGAUCUGCUGGUCUUCAG